CUCGCCUGUCCGACUCCGAUAGACUUUCGGAAGUGGCGUUCCUGCCUCCUAAGCAACAUUGGUACUUUCAGCGAACCCGUGAUGAGGCGCUACGUGGAGGGUCUUUCGGAGCACCCUGGCUCAAUGCGACGCAAAUCUAGCCGCAAGUUCUCCGCUGCGGACGCUACUACGGCGGAUAUUAGCGACGUUACUUACAGUCUUGAAGCCUACUCUAUGAGUACUGCGCUACGCCGACUGGAGUCUACUUUCGGAUCCAUAGGCUGCCUCGCCUCUAGCCUCCUUGUUGAUAACCCAAACCGAAGCCACUACAACAUUGGACGGGCGGACCAUGGAAUGGACUUGGAUGCUGCGCACGAAUUACAGGAAGAACUCUUCUUGGCAGCACCACCAAGUGCAGCUCGUCGUCUUAUUCGACCCUUGGUGGAGGUGAUUUCGCGCCCGCGACACAAUUUCCCCGACUUGGAGUGUCUGCGCGCCUUCGUCUUUCUCGCCGUCUCUCCACUCCUUGAGACACCACGAACAGAUGAGAUGCUGGUGACAAUUGAUACAACCCUCCCUCCACCGCCUGUCACCUUCCAGAAUGAUGAGCCUGUCAAUUGGUAUCCCACUGUACUAGCCGGCUAUGCGGCAGGCUUCGUUUUGGCUAGCUUUUGUCGCGCUGUUUGUCGAUUGGAAGGUGUACCGUCCUCUGUUUUGGGUAAGGUGCACUUCCAUUUUGACGUACACAUUCCAAUGGUGAUUGGUUUUGCAUUCGACUGA